AUGAAAGUUACUUCUAUUCUUUCCACUGUUCUAGCGGUUACUUUUGCCGUUGCGACUUCCGAUGAAAAUGUCGCUCAAGUCCCAGCUGAAGCUGUUAUUGGCUACUUGGAUUUGGGAGGUGACCAUGACAUCGCCGUUUUACCAUUCAGUAAUGCUACUGCGAGUGGAUUACUAUUCAUCAAUACUACCAUUGCUGAUGAAGCGAAAAGAGAACUUAACACCACUCUGACGAAAAGAGAAGCAAGGGCCGAUGCCUGGCACUGGCUAAGCUUGAGACCAGGCCAACCAAUGUACAAACGAGAAGCCAGCCCCAACGCUUGGCAUUGGUUGCAACUCAAGCCAGGCCAACCAAUGUACUGA